AACCCACGCCUAACUUUUUUUCGUUUGUUUAACUUUAUUACACAGAUAUUGUUGUCGUACCCGGCCGCGGCCCGGCCUAUUCUGUUUGUUGCUGGUAUAAUUAUAGAUAAACUUACUAUGAUCGUAAAUUAAUCUUAAAGACACUCAAAAUAUUUAAUUAGUACAGUGUUGUGAGUAAUAUUAAGUCGAUAAGUGUCAAGUGAAGAGUAAAAAUGGGUUGCGCGCAAAGUGAGAUUUCACCCCAAAAUGAAACUCCGAAGAAAGGUUGCACCGAUGUCCUUUGGUUGGUGAUCUAUAUUAUAUUUUGGGUGCUUAUGCUCGUAAUCGCAGCAAUAUCGUUCGUUUACGGGAAUCCUGCAAGAAUAAUCAAUGGGUUUGACUCAUUCGGCAACACAUGUGGUGUCAAAACCAACCAGAAGCUCAUAAACUAUCCUUUAGCGGGAAUCAGCACAAUAGACAAGCCCUAUUUGUUUUUUCUGGAUAUAAAGGAACUGAGGAGAUCUAUAAAAAUUUGCGUAAAGCAAUGUCCUAAUAAGAAAUUGAACGAUUUGGCUGCUAUACAGCAGUUCUAUCGUGAAACGGGUUCUAAUCUGUGUACUUAUGAAACAAGGCUGAACGAGCUGGUAAAAUACGAUGGACUGCACAGCAUGAUAGGGCCAUGCCCCGUAACACCUGUAGUUGAAACAUUUCCUCUCCUGAACAGAUGCAUUCCGAAGUCCUUUAAAGAGUUUUCGGAGAAAGUUUCUACAGAUGUGUACAACUUGCUCAAUAGUUGGGGUACGAUUGAACAGAUGUUGACGGACUUGUAUUCAUCAUGGAAAGAAAUGAUAAUAUGUGUCAUCGUUGCAUUAUUGUGUUCCUUGAUCAUGGUUUCCAUACUGCACUUGCUGGCUACCGUCGUGUCUUGGAUUUUCAUGAUAGUCGUAUCAGUAGUAAGCAUUGCUGGCACCAUUCUUCUGUGGUACACAUAUUACGAGUUGAGACGUGGAAACCAGAACUUCACAGGAUCCAUAUAUUUGACAGAAAAUCUUAAGAAUGAGACUGCAUUCCUCUGGUAUUCGAUCAUUGCUACUAUUAUUACGGUGAUCUUACUACUGCUAGUAUACGUGAUGCGUUCCCGCGUAUCGUUCCUGGCUCAACUGUUUCGCGAGACCGCACACUGUCUCGGCUCCAUACCGGCUUUGUUCGUCCAGCCGAUCAUCACUUUCUUCUUCCUCGUGCUGUUUUUCGCUUUCUGGUCUAUUGUCGUGGCUUGCCUCGCAACAGCCACGUAUCCCGGCAUUCCGUACAAGUUUAACUUCUUCAUCAACGGCUCCCAGCUGCCAGAUGUGGUCAACAACGCAUCUAUCAGAACGCAAAAUGUCAACAGCAGCGCUAUACCGAAACCAUUCAGCCUGGACCCCAUAGAGUUCAGCCCCUCAUGGGUGCAGAGCAUGUGGUGGAUGUGCCUCAUCUGCCUCGUGUGGGGCAGCGAGUUCAUCCUCGGCUGCCAGCAGAUGACCAUCGCUGGAGCCGUGUCGCACUGGUACUUCCGCGGUGAGAACGCGCACUCUCCCGUACUGUACUCCAUCGGCAAGCUGGUCAAGUACCAUCUCGGCUCCGUCGCUAAAGGCUCCUUCCUCAUCACGCUGUUCAAGAUACCGAGGCUUAUACUCACUUAUCUACAUGCUAAAUUGUCGGCCAGUGCCGACAAGGGCUCGGAAUGCGCCAAGUGCGGCCUGAAGUGCGGCAUCUGCUGUUUCUACUGCCUGGAGAAGUUCAUGCGCUACCUCAACCACAACGCCUACACUAUCAUCACUAUAGAGCGCUGCAACUUCUGCAGAGCUGCUGGCAAGGCGUUCAGCACAAUAGUGAACAACGCGCUCCAAGUGGCCACGAUCAACAGCGUGGGCGACUUCAUCCUGUUCCUCGGCAAGUGCAUCGUGACCGCCGUCACCGGCAUCAUCGGCCUGCUGCUCGUCAAGCGGAACCCGGACCUGCACUUCUACGCCGUGCCCACGCUCUUCAUCUGCAUUUACUCCUUCUUUAUUGCGCAUUGCAUCCUGUCUUUAUACGAGAUGGUAGUGGACACGCUGUUCCUCUGCGUGUGUGAAGACCGCAACAUGAACGCCGGCGAGGGCCGCUGGAAGAACUCCCGCCUGGCCGAGCUCGGCGGACACAAGCCGGACGACCUGGACACCACCGACCACGAGCUGCGCAAUCUCGACGCCAAGUAUUAACGGUAACGAAAGUCCGGAGGCAUUUAUAUUAUUUAUCAAAUAAACAUAGAGUAGGUAUAAGUUUAAAACGAAAAACAUCGAGAAAUGCUUUCAUGCAAGAAUUUUAUGUGUAUGUAAAUUAGAGGCGCAUGUACCUUUAUUUGAAGCUCUUAUUGGUAAUCUUUUUUUAUAUUUAUAGAUAGGUGUUUAGGACAUUAAUUUAUUGCUAUUCAAAGUAUUGUUCUCAUCGCAUUUUUGUCCAUCUUUAUAUGAUAUAAGUAAUAACUACUCUAUUGAAUCUGGUGUCUAAUUUUGGUGAUAUCUUGUGAUAGCACCUGUUUUAAAAAUCACUAGCGUUUAAUAAACUUUAAUGUUUUUAAUGGGUGUGCGCACAAAAGAUUUAAUUGAUAUUAGAUUCAAACGCACCCUAAUUUGUAAGACUUUAAAAAUCAUUUUAUUAAAGUUUGCAUUUAUAGUUAUACAUAUUCUCAUAAAAUGUAUAUACCUGGCGCUACUAUUGCAAGAUAAUAUUAAGUUUUGAUGAUAUCUAUUAUACAAGUUGCUAGUAUUUUAUAGCGUUUUUAUGCGAUUUUUGAUAGAUUUGAAUUUUAUUUUUGUAGUAUAAAGUAUAAAACACGACUUAUAUUGGCAGACUGUUUUUAAUUGAGACAGUAUAUUCUUAUAUUAUUCAGUGUGAAGCUUUAACAUAAGUACCUACGGUAAUAAUAUUAGUCUGAUUUUUUCUUAUUUUUAAACUUCAUAGUUAAAAAAAACAGACGAGAAAAAUACUCCAAUCUUAACUUUUGAUUUAAUUCCUUUUGGCAUCUUUUAUAUCCUUUCAAUUUAAGGUUUUUCACUUCCAUGAGUCCAUUCCUUUCCUGAAGUAUUUUUAUAAAUCUCAUUAUUUAAUACUCUAAGAUAGUUUAUUUAGCUCUAAGAUUAAAUCAUUAAUUAAUAUUAUAUUUUUACAUAUAAAAAUCAAUGCAAGAAGAAUUAAUUUGUAAUACUUAAAACUUUAAGCACUAAAUAAGAUUAAACAGUGUUAUGAGAAUAAUAAUUGAGUGUUCCGUUGAAAGUUGUAACAAACUUGUGAAUCAUAUGAAAAGCACAGGAGGAAAACUAUAAAUUUUCAUUUUAUUGAGUUUAUCAGUAAAAUUCUAUACUGUACCAUGACCGUUAGGACAGGGAAUUGUAACAAAACUAUUUCCUGGAUAACGGGUUUAACCUUUUGAAUGCCACGCCUAUUAUAUACAACGCGCCAUUGCAAACUUUAUCGUAAUGCGCAAAGGUUCAUAUUACCCUGUAACCGAGCUCGUCAGUUGCACGUCUUUUGUUUUGCGGUCAGAGGGUUAAAGAUCGGUUUUCCUAGGAUAGCGGUGCCGUC